AUGACAGCAACGCCUGCUUCCACAGUGGCAGCAGCGGCACACAAGUCGUCGUCUUCGUUGCUGUUUCAGCCGUACCGCGCUGUUGGUUACAUUGCAUCGCAUGUUCCAUUUGCGCUGCAGGCGCGAGGCGGCGAGCAUUUUGUCACAACCGUGGUUGGCCACGCCUACCACGUGUACAACUGCAAGCGGCUGAACCUCGUGUUUGUUGGGCACAUUGGCAGCGACGUCAGUGCCGUCGCUUGCGCUGGCAGGCUCACAUUCGCUGCGACAGGCAACAUCAUCAUUGCCAAGAAGCGCGAUGUCAACGUGCGAACAUACCGGGAGCACGCGGCUCCCGUGCACAUCUUGCUGCCCUUUGGCACACACCUCAUCUCCGUUGACACUGCCAACGUCAUCAACGUCUUUGACGUCGCUUCCGAAGAACUGUUCUGUACGAUCGAUGAGCUGCCUGCGGCAACCUUCAAGGUGUCGUGCGUGUUCCACCCAAGCACGUACCUCAACAAGAUCUUGCUCGGUUCCAAACAAGGCGCCCUCCAGCUCUGGAACAUCCGCACCAGGACGCUGGUGCACACGUUCAAGGGCUGGGGCAGCGGCGUGUCGUGCGUGGCGCAGUCGCCUGUCGUCGACGUCGUCGGUAUUGGCCUCGAGUCUGGCGCGAUUCAUGUGCACAACCUCCGCUAUGACGAGAGUGUUGUUUCGUUUACACAGGACGGCGGCCCAAUCACAGCCGUUUCCUUCCGCACAGACGGGGAGCCGAUCAUGGCCUCUGCCAACACCAGCGGCAGCGUCGCCAUCUGGGACCUCGAGUCGCGACGCCUCGUCACCGUGCUGCUGGCGCACACGAAAGCCGUUGCGUCGAUGCAGUUCCUGCAGUCGCAGCCGCUGCUCCUCACAUCCAGCGCGGACAACAGCCUCAAGCUGUGGGUGUUUGAUGCUGCCGACGGAGGUGCCCGCAUCCUGCGCAGCCGCGAGGGCCACAGCGCACCCCCAACCAAGAUCAGGUACCACGGGUCGAGCGGACACGACAUGCUAAGUGCUGCGCGGGACAGGACGCUGCGCUACACAUGUGUUAUUCAGGACGAGCGCUCCUGCGAGCUGUCACAAGGAUCGCUUCAGUCGAAGGCGAACAAGCAGCAGCGCUCGGUUGGAUCACUUCGACUCCCGCCCAUUGUCGAUUUCGACAGCGAGAGCACGCGCGAGGGCGACUGGGACACCAUUGCCACGUGCCACAAGAACAAGCUGUGGGUUCGCACGUGGUCGUUUGAGAACAAGGUGAUUGGCAAGCACGAGCUCAAGGGCCAGGGUCUGAGCAAACUCACGCCGUGUGGACAAUUGUUCCGGUACAACAUGCAGUCUGGUGCCCUUGGCGCGGAAUAUGGCGCGCCAGCGCAUGCGGACACGAUUGUUGGCAUUCACGUCGACAGUGUCAAUUCGUUUGUUGCAUCGGCAUCCAAAGACACGACCCUCAAGGUGUGGUCCUUCGGCGGUGUCCAGCGGCUGAACGUGAAGAUGAAGGUGCCCCUCACGACGACGUCCAUGUGCCGCAUCAACAACCUCAUCGCCGCUGCAGGCGUCGACUUUGGCAUUCGCGUGUUUGAUGUGGACGCGAAGCGAGCAGUGCGCGGGUUUGGUGGACAUCAGGGCCGCAUCACAGACAUGGCGUGGACACCAGACGGCCGCUGGCUCAUCUCAGCCUCCAUGGACCUCACCGUUCGCGUUUGGGAUGUGCCGAGCGGGCGGAUGCUGUCGUGGUUCUCGACAGAGAAGGCCGUCACCAGCAUGACCAUGUCACCGAACGGAGAUUUCCUCGCCACGACGCACAUUGACCAACUCGGCAUUUUCCUGUGGGCAAACCGCUCCAUGUUUGGUGACGUCGCAUACAAGAUCCUCGACUCAAAAGAGAUUGCUGAGGGCGCGGCGCCGUUUGUGUCGCUGCCGGUCUCUGGCCGUCUCACCGACGAGGAGAAGAAGCAGGCGGUCGACUACCUCAAGGCGUUUGAGGUGUCGGAGGACGAUGCUGUGCUUGAUGAGAGCGAGAGCACGUUCAAGUCGCCCGACCAAAUCUCCAAGGACCUUGUGACCCUGUCCUCGCUCGCUGCGUCGCGUUGGCAGAACCUGAGCAAGCUUGAGCACAUUCGCCAGCGCAACAAGCCCAAGGAGGGCCCAAAGGCGCCGCCGCGCGCUCCCUUCUUCCUCCAGACCAAACCCGGUCUGAAGCACGAGUUCAAGCCCAUGUUUGAUCCACUGGCGGAGACGGGCGCCAAGUCGAAGGUGCUCAACUUCUCCGAGUUUGGCGUGCUCUCCGCAUUCCAGCGCACCCUCCUCCAGUGCAACGAAGAAGAUAACUUCGAUGCGCUGAUUGAAUUGAUCUCGACAAUGGGCAUCACUGCGAUUGAGACGGAGAUUCGCUCGCUCUCUGCGGACAACGUUGGCGGCGACAGUGACGAUCCUGUGCAAUUUCUUGCCAUGCUCAACUUCUUCCGCUUCCUCCUCACCGCCCGCAAGAACUUUGAACUCUGCCAGGCCUACCUCCAUCUCUUCCUCACCGUGCACACUGCUGACAUUGCUCGCUUCCCGCAACUUGAGCCCGUCGUCGCCGAAGUCCAGCGCCUCCACAGGAGCACAUGGACUGAGUUGGACGGCAUGUUCCAGCACGCACUCUGCAUGAUCACAUACUUCAAGAACCCAAGACUCUGA